AGUUAAAUUAAAGGCUUAUUUAUUUUUAAUUGUAGUAAGAAUAUGAUCAACAGUCCGUGAAGGCCCUGAAGGCCUCAUCACCACGGCAACAACAGCUUUUCAAAACUUCAGUUGAAGUGAGAACAGCAGGACAUUUUAAGAAAGAGAAGAAGAAGAAAAGUCUGCCGUUAUGAUGAACAACAAAGAAACUUCUAUUUUUUUAGCUCAAAUCCAAAGUUUGGAGGAGGAGCUUCAGAGAUGCAGACUCCCACGUGAAAAGCUGAGGUCUGAGAACAGGCUGCUGUCAGCUCAGAGCUGCAGGCUGGAGGAAGACCGGAAGGACAUGGAGCAGUUCCUGCCGCACCACUCCGCUGAGUUGGACAAGCAGAUCCAGGACAUGGAGGAGCGGCUGAAGCUGCAGCAGCUCGCCCAGACACCAGAGCUGCAGGCUCUGAAGCUGCAGCUCCACCAGGAGAAGCUGCAGCUUCAGGAGAGGAUGGACCUGCUGAGCUCUGAGGUCACACAGCAAGCCGCUAGAAUGAAGGAGCAGCAGGAGGAGCUGAAGCAGCAGGAGGAGUUGAAGCAGCAGCUGCCCGGCGUGGAGCAGCAGCUGCUCCAACGAAGAUCUAAAGUCCAAUCUGCUAAACUACAGCUGUGUUCAGAUCCCAAACAACAUGAAGCAGAGGAGACGGAGACAUUUAACAGGCUCCUGGAGAGCCGGCUGGCACAGAUGAUGGAGGAGAAGAAGGAGGAGCUCAGAGAGGUGAAGGAGAAGUCAGAGCUCCUGCUGCAGCAGAACAAAGCUUUGUUCAAGGAGAAAGGCGUUCUUCAGGUCUCUCUCAGGAACUACUGCAGUGAGGUGGAGGAAGUGAAGGCCAACAUGAAGAAGGACUCGCUGCAGAUCCUCAGUCUCAGAAAGGACGUGGAGGAGCUGAGCAGGAGGCUGCAGCUGCUGAAGACGGAGGAGGGGGUCAGGACGCCACAGAGCGCGCUCCAGCUGAAGAACGCCCCCAGGAAGUCUAUUAUCUCACCCAUGAAGCAUCAGCGUCAAACCCCCCCCACUGCUGCGAAGGGGGGUCAGCAGCAGAGAAGGACUAAAGCCUGUGAGAGGAAGCAACCUCAGAACUCACAGACCCCCCCUCCUUCUGUCCAGAACUCUCACAGACCUCCACGAGCCCAGAUCUACGACCAGAAGCUGUUGGAGAUUCUGCAAAGACAAGACCAUCAGAGUCCUUCAGGCUGACCCGGACCCCCUGCAGUCUGGUUCUGCAGUCUGGUUCUUCAAAUAAAUCUGCACAUCUGCAGCUGCA